AUGCUCAAAAAACAAAUUACAUUUCUCACAUCUUCUGCCUUCUCUUGGUGCUCUAGCGGGUCGUUGUCCUUGCUCCCUGCCCCUCGCCCUUGCUCCCUGCCCCUCGCCCUUGCUCUCUGCCCCUCGCCCUUGCUCCCUGCCCCUCGCCCUUACUCUCUGCCCCUCGCCCUUGCUCUCUGCCCCUCGCUCGCCCUUGCUCUCUGCCCCUCGCCCUUGCUCCCUGCCCCUCGCCCUUGCUCUCUGCCCCUAGCCCUUGCUCUCUGCCCCUCGCCCUUGCUCUCUGCCCCUCGCCCUUGCUCUCUGCCCCUCGCCCUUGCUCUCUGCCCCUCGCCCUUGCUCUCUGCCCCUCGCCCUUGCUCUCUGCCCCUCGCCCUUGCUCUCUGCACCUCGCCCUGCUCUCUGCCAUCGCCCUUUCUCUGCCAUUCGUCCUUUGCACUCUGCCUUCUGAAAUUCGACCUUUGCUCUCAGUCCUUCGACCUUCUCUCUGUCCUUACGUCCUUCGCUGUCCUUUCCAUGCCAGGUGGUCAUGUCGCCGCACGGGCGGCGCGUACUCAACUCACGGAGCAGAAUAUUCUCAUUGGAGUGCAACAGUGUCGUAUCCAGAACUUGGAGGCUGAUUCUGUUAAGCUUCAGGCCUUGAUUGAGCAGCUGACCAGGGAGGUGCAGUUGAUCCCUAAGGAAAACGACACCUCCAGCCUCAUUCAGGACCUGCACAACACUCUUCAGUUCGUGCAGGAUCAGCUCAAGAAGCAGGAGAAAAGCAUCUCUGUGCUUCAGACCCAGUACAGGGAGAUCCGGCGUGGAAACCUCUACCAGCCUGCUCCUGCAGCAGAGCGAGUCGCCAACGCCGCUAACAGCCGUGCUGCACCUGCUGAUGCACCUCCUGCUGUUCCUCCUCCUACUGGAGCACGUGCUGAGCCUCCUACUGCAGCAGCAACUGCCUUUGGCUCCUGCCCUUCGGCCCUGCCUCGUUUUGUCCAUGGCAAGACCGACGUCGAGACUUGGCUCUCCAUUGCGGAGGACUUUAUGUCCAUCCACAAUGUGCGUAGCGAGGCUCGUGUGGUCGCUGCAACCCUUGCCCUGGACGACACUGCGAGCAAGUUGGUGUAUGCCAACAAGCGCCACGCAGAGGCUAAUGGCCAUCCUUUUGGCUGGGAGGAGUUCAAAGCUGCCAUGCUGGCGGCAUUCCUGAGUCAGCCCCCGGCGCUCGAGGUGCGUAGCCGCCUGGAGAACAUCCAGUACGGUAACCAGCCUGUACGCGAGUACGCCAAGGAGUUUGAGAAAACUCUGUCGCUGCUGAAGACUGCUCUUCCUGAGAGCGAGGUCAUCCACCAGUUCUUCAAGGGUCUCCUUGAGCACAUCAAGCGUGUGCAUGUUGUGCGCGGGGAGCACCAGUGGAGGACCUACAAGGAGUGCAAGGAGCAGGUCAUUGACACGGAUGUGAAUUUCCGUGCGUACAUGACUCACGCACACAGGGGCAGUGGCUCUUGGAAGAGGCCCUAUCAGCAGAAGGGGGAAUCCUCUGGGACUCAGUCCAAGAGGGCCCAUGCUGGGCCUGCCAAGGAUCCUCAGGAUGAGGAUAAGCCCCCGGCAGGCUGCCGCAUCUGUGGCAAGCUCGGGCACAAGUCCUAUCACUGCCGUUGGAGGAAGUCCGUCAAGAACUCCGGCAAGCCCAACCAGGGCAAGAAGCCGGAUGGUUCUGGCCCUUCGGGCCCGAAGGAUUUUCCGAAGUCCAACUAG